GUUCAAACCUUCCCCAACUUGCCCCUGGAUUAGGCCCUGGGAGCUAGAGGCCCACCUCGCCCCUGUCUUGGCGCCACCUUCGUCCCAAAGCGGCCUUUUGCUGGAGCUGUUGGCUUGGAAGCCUGAGGGCCUUGGGGCUGUCUGAUGCUUUGGGGUGGCUGCCCCUCUGCAGCGAGGGAUGGGGGUGGGAGCCGGUGCGACCCUGGCCCUUGAGGGCUGUGCGUAAAGCCACUGGAAUGCUGUCCAAGGGCUAACGGGGGGGCUCAAGGAGGUGGCUGCGUGCGGAGGAGCCCCGGCCCAAGAGGUGUGCUAGCUGGGGCGCGUUGAGGUUGGAAGAUCGCUGCAAGAGAGUCUCUGGCUGGGGCCUGUGGAUCAGCUGGGGCCCGAGUCCUCCCAGCUGUAUAACUGACCAGGGAAUGAGAGCUCUAGCUCUACGGCCCCCGUACUCUCCCAGAGGGAGGGGCCAAGGAUCAAGGCUCCGCCCUCCAGGCACGCGUCCCGCGUUGUGAGGGAGGGAGCCCUUUAAGAAGACUGGAGUGAGUUACGGAGGAGGGGAGAGGGGUCUCUAAGAUCUCCGUGAAACAGCGGAGCCUUCUGAGGAUCUUCCUUGCACCUGCUAUACUGCCUCCCUCCAACCGGGACAUCCAGGUUAGAGGCUUUCCCCAGAUAAGGGAUACACAGGCACUCCUGUCUGCAACAUAGAUAAUGGAGUUGCAGAAGCAAGAUUACCAUGUGGACCGGCCACUGAUGAACCAGGAGCAACUGGAAGAACUGGGGCGCUGGGACUUGACACCUAGGACCUAUCAGUGGAGAACAUGGUUGAAGUGCUCCCAUGCACGGGCCCGUGCCCUUCUGAUUCAACAUCUCCCGGUCUUGGGCUGGUUACCUCGUUAUCCUGUGCGUGACUGGCUCCUGGGUGACCUGUUAUCUGGCCUGAGUGUUGCCAUCAUGCAGCUUCCCCAGGGCUUAGCCUAUGCCCUCCUGGCUGGAUUGCCUCCUGUGUUUGGCCUCUAUAGCUCCUUCUACCCAGUCUUCAUCUACUUCCUGUUUGGUACUUCCAGGCAUAUCUCUGUGGGGACCUUUGCUAUCAUGUCUGUGAUGGUGGGCAGUGUGACAGAAUCCCUAGCCCCAGAUGAGAAAUUCCUGCUGGACUCAAACUCCACAGUCAAUGAGACAGCCAGAGAUGUCACCCGUGUGCAGCUGGCCUCCGCACUCAGUGUUCUGGUUGGACUCUUCCAGGUGGGGCUGGGCCUGGUGCACUUUGGCUUUGUGGUCACCUACCUGUCAGAGCCGCUGGUCCGCAGCUAUACCACAGCUGCAUCUGUGCAGGUCUUUGUCUCACAGCUCAAGUAUGUGUUUGGCCUCCAGCUGAGUAGCCACUCAGGGCCACUAUCCCUCAUCUAUAUAGUGCUGGAGGUCUGCUGGAAGCUACCCCAGAGUGUCAUCGGCACCGUGAUCACUGCAUUUGUGGCCGGGGUGGUGCUUGUGAUGGUGAAGCUGUUGAAUGACAAGCUGCAGCGGUAUCUGCCCCUGCCGAUACCUGGGGAAUUGCUCACGCUCAUUGGGGCUACAGGCAUUUCCUAUGGUGUAGGCCUGAAGCAGAGAUUUGGGGUGGAUGUUGUGGGCAACAUCCCUGCAGGACUGGUAUCCCCAGAAGCUCCCAACCCCCAGCUGUUUGUAAAGCUUGUGGGAAAUGCCUUCGCCAUCGCUGUGGUUGGGUUUGCCAUUGCCAUCUCACUGGGAAAGAUCUUUGCCUUGAGACAUGGCUACCGUGUGGACAGCAACCAGGAGCUGGUGGCCCUUGGCCUCAGUAACCUCAUUGGGGGUAUCUUCCGAUGCUUUCCUGUGAGUUGCUCUAUGUCCCGGAGUCUGGUACAAGAAAGCACUGGGGGCAACACACAGGUUGCCGGAGCUGUCUCUUCCCUUUUUAUCCUCCUCAUCAUCCUCAAACUUGGAGAACUCUUCCAAGACCUACCUAGGGCAGUUUUGGCAGCCACCAUUAUUGUGAACCUAAAGGGCAUGUUGAUGCAGUUUGCUGACAUAUGCUCCCUGUGGAAGACAAAUCGUGUAGACCUGCUCAUCUGGCUGGUGACCUUUGUGGCUACCAUCCUGCUAAACCUGGACCUUGGCCUGGCAGUUGCAUUAGCCUUCUCCCUGCUUCUUGUAGUGGUCCGAACACAGCUACCUCACUACUCUGUCCUGGGGCAGGUGUCAGACACGGAUAUUUACAGAGACGUGGCAGAGUACUCAGAUGCCAGGGAGGUCCCAGGUGUGAAGAUCUUCCGCUCCUCAGCCACCAUAUACUUUGCCAACGCUGAGCUCUACAGUGACACACUGAAGCAGAGGUGUGGUGUGGAUGUUGAUCACCUCAUCUCUCGGAAGAAGAAACUGCUCAAGAAGCAGGAGAUGAAGCUGAAGCGCCUACAGAAACUCAAGUCACCCCAGGAACAGGCUGUUUCUUCCCAGGACAACUCAGUUUCCAUCAAUGUCAACACCAAUCUUGGAGACACCAAGAGCGAUGAUGUGGAGAGCUCUAAGACCAAGGCAAUGCCAGAGAAUGAGCUGGAAGAGAUUGUGGCUAGUGGUCAAGAAGAUGCCAAGGCUAUAGCUGUGCCUACGCUGAAAGCCCUGGGCCUGCCUCAGCCGGACUUUCAUAGCCUCAUCCUGGACCUGGGUGCCCUCUCCUUUGUAGACACUGUGUGCAUCAAGAACCUAAAGAAUAUUUUCCGUGACUUCCGGGAGAUUGAGGUGGAUGUGUACAUUGCAGCCUGCCACAGUCCUGUGGUCACCCAGUUGGAGGCUGGGCAGUUCUUUGAUGCAUCUAUAACAAAACGGCAUCUCUUUGUCUCUGUUCAUGAUGCUGUGACCUUUGCCCUCCAACACUCAAAGUCUGGCCCCAUCAGCCCUAUUUUGGCCACCAAACUCUGACUGUGUUAUUACCCUGCCCAAGAUUGCUCACCUCAGGAGGUUGUGAUGGAGCACCCUCAAGAAGACCCCCACACUGAGCAUGUGCCACUCAGGAGCCCCUUGGUGCAUACAUACAUACAACUCAGGGAUGGAGAUUUUAGGAAUCCAGAUUCAGGUUAUAGGCCUGGAAGAGGGGUACUGUGGUUUGGCUGGCCUUGGCCAGGCUUGGGGAGGGAGCCAAUGUCUAUUUUCAGUCUAAGGAAUAAAAAUUUGUUUAACCAGC